AUGCUCAGAUAUACAUUUCAUAGAUACCCUUCAUCAUCAUUGGCAAAUGAUUGCAUCACAUCAAUGGUCGUGGGACUUGAAGCUAAUUUAUAUAAUCAUUUUGUGGGUCUUCUUUGGGGCAAUGGUGAUUCAGCUUAUCUAUCUAAGGUGGAUUCUCCAGUUGAUACCGAAUGGGAGUCUUUAUGCGCUAUCCUAUUAGACAUUUUUGGGAGAGAUAGGAAAAAUCCUCAGAUACAUUCAGGUUCAUCAUGGGACUUUCUUGUCAACAUCAGCUUUCAUGAGAAAUAUUCUAAAUCUCAUUUCAUGAGUGGAUUUUCUCGUAGAAUAUCACUUCAAAGUGAUCAAUCAUGUAUUGCUUCUCAACACCUAGAUACUUCCCACACAGUUGCAUCUUUAUUAGAGAUUAUUGAUUUACUGCAUGCAGUGUAUGAAAGUCUGAAACUUAAUCAGCUUCGUAAAAGGGAUCUAGGGCUUCUUGUUGCUCUGUUAUUGAAAGCUGCUCAGAGGUUUUUAAAAGAUGGUGAAAAGCUAGCGAUUGAGGAGAGCAAGAAUUUCAGGGACAGGAACAUGACAUUGGUGUUGGUUCCAAACAAAGUUGUUCUACAACAAAAAUAA